AUCACCCGCCUCUUUGUCGUUACGAGGUCGUGGCCCAGGAAAAUGGCUUUAGAACUUCCUUUGACUGGGGUCAGGUAUACAGUCCCCCUGAUCAAACUUCCGAUUUCCUCAGGUGCCGAAGAGUCUUGGGACUGUCAUGGACAGCAAAUGCAGUACACAUCCUGUCGUGGCGCGCGAAAAUACGUCGGCGAUCUGUAAUGCGACGAGACGAGGCUUAAGUUUUGAAGAAGCGCAGUUCCAUUGCGUCGUCCGGAGAUAAUAGAGACGAUGCCUCCGCACGCAAAAAGGCCGAGAAACAUAUUUACCCACAGCUUCUUUCAUCUCAUAUGAGGGUGGAUCCGUUCCUUGCUGAGCGUUGUUGACUCUCCCGAUCGUGCUCGGCUCGUUAAACGCGGUCGCUUAAGAUUGCUAUGUUCUUCAACCGCAAUCGAGGUUACUUCGGCGACUAUGAAAAUUAGAAUCAAUCUGAUUUGGAGCGGCAGGUGAUGACGACAUGUCCGUCUGGUCGUAAGGAUGCGGACAGUAGGCCAUCAAUACUCCGACCGGCCAACCCUAUUGUCCUGGUCAAUCGGAGCGCAGAAUCAGAAGAGGAACCUUCUCGAUAAUACUCGGUCCGAUACAGGAUAGACUCGAAUACGCUUGUCAUUCGUAGCGUGAUACUUCUGCUAUGCUGGAAGACCACCUGCUCUAGUGGUGUCCUAAGUGCAUCCGGCAAUUUGAAAGUUUUUUUUGCAGUCAAUGUGAAAGACUCCAUACCCUCCAAAGGACCGCUAUAUCAUGUGGAGCUCUAUCGAUGUAGCUCAGCAUGUGAAGAUUUCAUAGCGCUUCAGAUCAGCUUCAAACUUGCUAGACUCCGUAUCAUCUACAUAUGCUGAGCCUUUCGCAUUCCUGUGAAGAGUGACUCAGCAUACUUCUUAUCAUCUGAUAGUUGUACCGUGCCCUUUCGGAGCCGACCUAUGGCCUACAUCAUUUUUUUAAACUCUAUCUUGUGAUGCGUUGCUCCAUUUAGGGGGAAUGCGUGUUCAAUGCGAUAUAUAAGGUGGAAGAAGAGUCUUGUGAGAUGUCCCAGACUAUUGAAGUAACUUGGGAUGAUUAUGAGUCCCUAUUUAUCUCUACCUCCUACGUGAUGGUAGCAGCAGUCAUCCCUAGUUACGAUAUUUUGCUCACCUUUUCUCGCGAAGUUGACUAUAUAUGGAAGCGGCGAUUCUCGGUGGUCACUGUGCUCUUUAUACUUUGGGUGCCGCGAACAGUCUUGGAAGUCUAUGUCUCUAGCAUGAGGUCUCAACUCUUGAUCGCUCUUUUCUCUGCAUUCCGAGUUUGGGCCAUAUGGGGCAGGAGAUGGUUACCAUUCUCCUUGGUUCUACUUGUGAGCUUAGUUGUCCCAUGUGUAAACUUGUAUCACUACAGCUCGCUGAUUACCGUUACUGUGACACCUGCACUUCCGCCUCUACUUGGCGGCGGCUGUGCAUGGCUAAUAUUCAUUUCAUAUAGUUUACCAGUUGCCACGCGUAUCAUUGCAAUAGUGGCAGAUGCCCUGGUCCUUGCCAUGACAUGGGUUAAGACGGCCAGUCUUCUGAAACAAGCUCAUGGAGUGAAUGUCAGACCUCGCCUCAUUACGAUGUUUCUGCGAGAUGGAACUCUGUAUUUUGUGUUUCUCAUGGCUCUAAACGUGGUAACUUUAAUUAUUGACCUUGCCGGAAAUGACAACACCACACAGUUUGUGUUUGUGAACGAGGCAAUUUCUACGGUCCUCAUAUCUCGAUUCCUAUUGGAUCUCAGGGGUGUUUAUGUGUCAGAACCAAUCAACGACACCACCAUUUCAGGCGGCACAUCCACCAUUCGCUUUUCUCCUCGACUGUUGGGCAACUUGGGCGCCCCUUUGGAACAGGAAUCUGUCUGGAUGUCAAAUGCUGCAGGCGAUGAAGGCGGCAGUCAGGACGAAAUCGAUUCUUCUGACACAUUGUCUGCCGGACUAUACCAGGUGGAGAAGCCGUCUGAUGUCCAGAAUACUCGAAGCUGACACUCGAUUCCCAAUAAUCUACGUAUAAUGAG